GACGAUAAGCAGCGGUCGACGGUCGGGGAAUUUCGGUACUCUCCCGCAAGGACCUUGGCAGUAGUUCCACCGGGGUCGGCAAUUCAUUCCUCGGUGGAGAUAUAUUCGGGGAUCAGGGAUCGUCGCCCAUCCUGCAUUUGCACACCAGCUCUGUGUGGACGUGUCCAAAACGGCGAUGAACUGUCCUUCGAGAACGGAUAAUACUUUAGACCACCCCGGGUGGAAUCAGAAUCCGCCCCCGUUAAACGCGGAGACGACGACGAGAAAUGACUUGAACGGCAUCACAAACUCGAGGGAGCAUCGGGAGCAUGGUUCGGACCUGGGAGGCAUGGCGACGGGACGCACAGAAAAGACCCCUCAGGGCGGGGUGUUCGCUGCGACUUCUGGCUUUGAACAGCCUAAGAGUCACAGCGAGUCACCUCGCCGACCCCUCAAAGAAAUAUUAUAUACCUCCUGCUCUGGGAUGUGGCAGACCCUAAUCAACUUUGGACGUUUCGUUGGCCCCGGGUUCCUGAUUGCGGUAGCUUACAUCGACCCUGGCAACUACUCGACCGACGUGGCCGCCGGAGCAAGCUCUCGAUACGCCCUCCUCUUUAUAGUCCUCCUUUCCAACCUAUUCGCGAUCUUCCUGCAGUCAUUAUGCAUCAAACUCGGAACAGUCACGGGUCUGAAUCUAGCGGAGAACUGCAGAGACCAUCUGCCGAAGUGGCUGGUUAUAAUCCUCUAUAUCUUCUCGGAGGCGGCCAUUGUUGCCACUGAUAUCGCAGAGGUUAUUGGUUCUGCAAUUGCUCUCAAUCUUUUGUUAAAGAUCCCGCUAGUAGCAGGGUGUGCCAUCACUCUUGCCGACGUUCUGAUCUUACUGGUCUUCUACCGACCCAACGGCUCAAUCUGGGGCUUACGAGCGUUUGAGUUUUUCGUCAUGGCCCUCGUCCUAGGAGUCGUCGUAUGCUUCUGCAUCCAACUCUCCCUCAUCCAGGAUCAGUCAAUAGGGGCAGUCUUCAAGGGCUACCUGCCUUCCGCCGCGGUGGUCAAGUCCAACGGUCUUUACCAAAGUUGCGGUAUCCUCGGGGCUACAGUGAUGCCGCACUCAUUGUUUCUUGGGAGCGGAGUGGUUCAGGCGCGCCUGAAGCAUUUCGACGUCACUCAGGGAUACGUUGAGUCGUCUGUGCCUCUGGGCAGCAAUGGCGGGGAAGUCGAGUACCGCCCCAGCAUCCAUGCGAUAAGGGGCUGCCUCAAGUACUCGAUCAUCGAGCUGACGCUGUCUCUGUUCACCUUUGCGCUGUUUGUGAACAGCGCGAUCCUCAUUGUCGCGGGGGCAUCCUUGUACGGCGUCUCUGGCAGCGAUAGUGCCGAUAUCUGGGCCAUCCACGACCUGCUCUCGUCGUCGAUAGCCCCCGCUGCAGGCCUGAUCUUUGCGCUAGCCCUGCUUCUCUCGGGCAUCUCUGCGGGAAUCGUUUGCACGAUGGCUGGCCAGAUGGUCAGCGAGGGCAUGCUGAACUGGAGCGUGCAACCGUGGGUGCGGCGAUUGGUCACGCGGUUGAUCAGCAUCGUUCCCAGCAUCAUCAUCGCCGCGGCCGUGGGGAAGGAUGGGUUAGACCAGGCUCUGAAUGCCAGCCAGGUCGUGCUGAGCAUUAUCCUCCCAUUUGUCACGGCGCCACUCAUCUACUUUACCUGUCGGAACCGGUACAUGACGGUCCCGGCGCCGGAAGGUCUGGACGGCGAGUCGGACCACCCGGCGGAGGGGAUCGGGAUGCGGAAUCAUUUCCUGGUGACUGCUCUUGCAGUAGUGAUAUGGAUUGUUAUCGCGGUGAUGAACAUUGCUCUCCUGGUCUUGCUUGGAAUGGGGGAAGACUAAGACAAAGAUAGAUAGAUACUAGACAUAGACUAAUGCCGUUACAAUAACCAU